AUGUCUGCUGCUCAGUUCUCCAACGGCCUUGGAAGCGUCCGCAUCGCCGACCGCCAGCACAUAAACCCCAUCCUCCAGGGCAUCCUCUACAACACCGACCGCAAGGCCCAAGUCGCCGUCCUCAAGGAGGAGAGCCGCCGCUCCUCCGUCUCCUCCUCGGCCUCGUCCGUCUCCUCCUCCGCGCCCCUCUACUCCUCCUCCCGCAAGAGCUCCGUCGUCUCCCCCGACACCGUCGCCCACGCCGCCUACUCCAAGGACAAGAAGCGUUCCAAGUCGUCCCUCUUCGGCAUGGCCAGCUUUGGCAAGAACCGCGGCGUCGCCGGCGUCUCCAACGUCUUGUAA